GUAACAGUGCACAUGGUAACCGGCGUAAACAACGUGCUCUGCAGGACUGAGGUAAAGGCGCAACCAAACAGCGAUGGCUUUCUGCAACACUGGGUAUUUCGAGCAGAUUGAAAAAAUGCAAAAGGACAUACACGAAAGGGAAAAGAGGAGACACAAACUUGAAGAAAAACUGUUUGCUUACUUGAGAUCAGAGGAAAGACUGACUAAGAUAAAGUGUGCCAAGAUGCGCUGCUAUUACAAGGAGCUGCAUGACAGAGAGCAGCAAGCAAAGACACGCAACCUUGAGCUUCUUGGGAAUGUCGAGAGCCUGGCAGGAAAAUUUAAAGAAUUCUCCAUUGAUUGUAGCAGGCUGCUUCAAAAGAGGAUUGACUACAAGAAUCACAUUACCAGGCUGAAGAAAGGCAGGAAGAGAAUGGAGAGCAGGGGGGAAUCAGAAGCGAAUGAGGAUUCAAGCAAGUUCCUUCUACCCACAACAUGUGUACCGUCACAGACAACGGACAUCUUCAUGGGUCACUUGACUCCCAAAAAAUCAAGAGAAGAUGGCGUCAUAACCACACGGUCACCAUCUUGGACAGAGCUCAAACCUAAUCACGCUUCACUCUCUCCUCCUCAAAGUCUUCUUCAAAGUGCCGUUUUAAUGCAACCCCAUGUUUCAAAAGCCAAAGACGCUGCUGACUUAUCCGGUGACAUUAUAAACUCAGGUGAUUGCCUUGAGGGGGGACGUAUGGGUGACGUGCAGCAGAUGGAGUCUGAUUCUGACAUCUCUCAGAGGGAAGGAAAGUCCUGCAGACGGGAGGAUCUCAAUUCGGCUCGUGCAGCCUUAAAGGAAGCUGAAGUGUCCUCUCGAUCUGUGACCUUGAAGAGGCCUGCAGCCGUUGUGUCAUUAGAGCCGUGUCCGACCCACAGUCCUUCACCGGAUACUACUGAUCCGAGAGAUUCCUCUCAAUACGGAAGUUCUAGAGGUGAGGAUGAGCCACUGUCUGCGGAGGAUGAAAGUGAAUCGGCGAUAGGACAUCAAAAUCUUUCAGAUCUCGCUAAAAGCAGACAUCCCAGCAUUCCCAGUCCAGCUGUUGAAAGUAGACCAGAUCCCUCAGUGCAUAAAGAGAGUGAUAUUUCAGUUUUACCAUCUGAAAGGUACCAGAGGGAUCACACCUUAAGAGAUGAUACAGUUAACAGGGAUAGUGCAUUACUUAUUCAAAGCAACAAUGGCACACAGGAGCAGUUUGGAAGACCUGAUCCUCUCGAACCUUCCGAAAGGCUCUCCUUGGAAGGAUUGUGUAAUCUUCUAGACAGCAUUGAGCGACGUCUCGCUGCUAAAGAUAUGAGCAUCUACCAGAGCUGCACAGUCAGUGAACAGAAACUCAGAGAUGUUAUCAGUAAAUGCAGUAAAUGUGGCCAUCUGGAUGAUGUGGACCUGCAGGCGUGCGGAGCUGUGAUUCUGCAGCAGUUACCCCUGCUGUGCAGUAAUCUGCCUCAGGGAUGCUUACUAUCUAGUGAUCUAAUCAACACUCACUGGUCAUCAGCUACUAAGCCAGACCAGAUCAGAUCGUAUCUCUCAGGUGAAGUUGCUUCGCUGUGGGAUCGCUGUUUCAAACACAUGCUUCAUCUCCAGCAGAAGGAAGUUCUGAGCACAGAUUUCACAGUUCAGAUCUUUACUCCACUGCUGGUGCUCAACAACGCCACCUACACUGACAAGGCAAGAGAGCUGCUAAAGAGGCUGCUGACCUACGAAUCUGAUACCCAUCAGCCGUCACAGAGCGAAGAGAUGUCUUCUUACAGCUUGCCCUCACUUCUGGACGACAGCGUGGAAAUCAAACCCGCCAGGCCUUUGGAAAGAUUUUCUCAAACCAGUGAAAUGCAAGAAAUUCAAAGUGCUGAAGAGGACAGUGCCGACCAAAGCCCAGUGGAAAGUAUUCCUAUUAGAGAGACCAAAGCGUAUCAGCUGCUUAAACAAUCUGUGACACAAGAGAGACGCUGGAGUGACCCGGAGGAAGAGGAUUCAGAUUCAUCAGACAUCAACAAAUUGGAAAGGGCCGAGGCGCUCGGGGAUUCUAUAACACAAAAUAGCCGGAAGAAUACAAAGGGUAAAGUCCAUGUUUUCUCUGCUGUCCAGUCAAAGGCAUUUUGGGGAGAAUCAGACGACAGCAAUUCUGAGAUUGAAAUGGCUUUACGUCCUCAAUCUCGUAAAAGCAGCACCAAUGACUUUGAUGAUUUUUAUGAUUGAUGCCAUUCAGCUGAGCGUUUUUCUUCAUUGAGCAGUUCAUAUGUUUGAAAGCGAUGCCUUCAUACGAUUGAAAAACAAACAAAAAUCUUCAGCAAGGAACGAGUGCGACAUUUGGUGAAAACAAAUAAGAGCGAGCCUCUUUAUUGUGGCCAAAGACUGUGAAGGGUUUUCAAAACAUGUCGGUGUUAACCCUGCUUGAAUCUCUUUAGCUGAACAACACUUGGACCUGGUUGAAAUAGAUUAAACUUGGUUUUUAAAGUGAUUCCUUUGCACUGUGUUGAAUAUUACGCAUUUCAGAUGCUGCAGGUAUUUGGCGGUGAGCUGGAGUGGAAUGCUCUGAGUCAACUUCUAUGAAAAGCCAGUGCACAAUGGCCACUCCGCAUGCUGCUGAAACACCUUUGAACUCGCUCAAGUACCUGUGGCCCAUUUAGGAGGACAAAAUGCGUUGUGCUCAUCUCAAUGUAGAAA